CCCUCCCCGAACACUUUUGGGGUAGAAUUCACUGCUUUCUACACUUUAAUUUUUGGAUUUGCCGCAGAAGUAUUUGUCUUAAAACCAUCAGCAAUGCAUAAAGUUUGUUCUCGGCUGCACGGUCCGUCUCUGUUCGGGAAAACGGACCCGUGGAAUUCAGUGGACGCGUGUGUGAAAUUCCACAAAGGUUGCGGUGUGCUUUGCCAAAAAUCAGCCGUGAAACACCCAACACCUGUGCUGGCCCAGAUUCCCCCAUGUGACUUUAAACCCGAGCCGUAUCAGGGCAUGUCUAAAGACCGUUUACUAGACAUAAGGAAAAACAACUGCAACCCUAUGACUAUGAAGGUAACAUACUACAAGAAGCCAGUCUUCAUAAACCAGGGUUACAUGCAGUGGCUGUGGGAUGUGGAUGGAAGACGGUAUCUGGACUUGUUUGCGGGGGUCGCCACUGUUAGUGUAGGACAUUGUAACCCGAAAGUGACCGAGACGGCCGAGAAACAGCUGAGGCGUCUAUGGCACACGACAGCCAUCUAUGUGUAUCCACAAAUCCAGGAGUACGCAGAGAAACUGGCCUCUCUUCUGCCAGACCCGCUGAAGGUACUGUAUGAUGGAGCCACCGCCAUCACUGAAAGUGGAAGGCUGAGCGUAUUGCAUUGUGAAUAUGUUUUAUUACAUGUAACAUACUCUCGCUACUGCAGGGUCUUACAAACUGGGGUCUAGGGGUGCCCCGUUUUG